UCCUGGGUCACUGAUGUACUUGUUUUCUAUUGGAGCCACAGACAGUUGUACCUUACCAGAAAUGCGCCAUUGUGUGAAAAACACAUUGUGAUUGUUUAUUUGAAGUUUCUCCACUCCUCGAUACAGGAUACCUUGUUUGGGUCGGAACAUGUACCGUCCAGGUAAACCUCCACAUGGUCCACCGCCGUACGGACCUCCACCUCCCCUCGGCCCUCCUUUCGGUAUCGGUGGGCCCUGUAGACUUCCUCCUCCUGGACACUUGCCCCCUGGACCAUUUUCGACACCACCACCGGACUUCCUCCACAACAGGUCACCUUUCAUCACUUCCCAUUCUAGCAGCUACCCUGUAGAUCGUAGUACAGUGAUUCCUUCGGGGGGCAGGCAGCAGAUCGCAGAACCAAUGCAGGUCCCACAGUGGAAUCUCCCUCCUGUGAAACAUCAACCCUCUGACAACAGUGAUCGGGCUGGUGAGGAAUUUUUGAGAUGCAUUGCAGCAAACAAGCCUCUCCCCAACUAUCUCAAAGGGAACAUGGCAUACAACCUGGCAGAUGCAUUCAAGUCAGCUGGCAUCCUGAAACAAGCAGUCAAAUCAGACCCUGAGUUCAAGAAGCAUGUGACCAAGAGCAAAAGCCGUAGUCGAAGCCGCAGUCGUGGCAGAAGUUGUGGCCGGUCUAGAGCCAAAAGCCGUGCUCGAAGUAAAAGCAGAGCAGGUAGCCGAAGUAGAGGAAGGAGCAAAAGUCGAGUUCGUGGGAAGAGUAUGGGGAGAAGCAAAAGUAGGGUUCGCAGUAGGAGUAGGAGCCAGAGCAGGAGCAAAAAGAGUCAUACACGGAGCAAGAACCAUGUCAGGAGGUCCAAGUCACGAAGUAGCAGUGGUGAAAAAAGUCGGGGAAAGGACAAAAAGAGAAAGAGGAGCCCCAGUCACAGCCGCUGCAGCAGCAGUAUGAACAGUAAUCUGGCAGGAAGUAGUCUCCUAGAAGGACUGAAGCUGGUUAUGAACAGCAAAGAAAUGGAAAAUCGGUUGCCUGACUUCAAAGAUGCCAUCCACACAAUUAAGGCUCCAGAUGACAGCAAAGGGAGUAUGCCAGAUGACUACAGACAGCAAGAGCACAGCCAAGACAAUUCAGCAUCGAUCGAUAACGACAGCAUGCUCCUUCCCCAUGACAGAGUAGGCUGUGACUUCUCCUGGCUCCAGACGCAAAGUGAAGAGGUCCCUGCAGUCCAGAAAUCUGUUGAGCUUGAAGAUGAAGAGUCUUUCUUGUAUGGAAAUGGCGAACAUGACAAACCACAGAGAAAAGAUAGUCACAGUCAGAACAGGUCUAUGUUCAGUAGCCUUCAAAUGACUUCCCUAAAUUUAGCCUCAGCCAAUCUGGACAGCAUAGAAUGUGAGAAGGUCAAAAACAUAUUGAAAAGUCUGGGCUCAACAGACAUCAGUAAUUUCAUGGGAAAGAUGCAGGGGCAGAAGGAUGAGAAGCAGCAGCUUCCUACACUUUCAGCUGCAGACCAAACAGCAGCAGCUUUAGCGUUGCCAGCACUGAGUAACCCGGAUGUUCGGCAAGCUCUGGAGUCUCUACAGUCACUGAUCAAAGAGGACCUUAGUGGGAGUGGCCUGCAGUGCUGUGCAUUCUGGGAUUUGGUGUCUUUCAUCAACAUGAGCCAAAAAGACACUUUCUGCCUUUUCACGGCCAAGAAGGCAUCAACUUCAAAAUCAACAAAGGAGAAACGUGCAAAGAGUGAUGGCAGUGGCACAUCUCAAGCAUCCUUUGAUAAGCACAAGGUGGGAGAUGUUGAGGAUGUGAAGAGAGAGAAACAAGCCAUAAUGAAUAAAACAGAGUCCUUGAUGAAACAACUUGAGGAAUUGUUGAAACAGGAUGGGUUGGGUUUUCUGACACCAGUAAUUGGCUUUUACUGCCAAAAGUGUGAGGAGUUCAUUGGAGAUUUGAAUAGUGCUGAAAACCAUGCAGCCAUCCACCGCAACACUACCUCUAGCAGUAAAGGCCAGAAAGAAAGGCAUGCAGGAGACAGCAAGGAACGACACUCGCGCUAUCCGAACAGCAGCAGUAACCAACACUCACACUCCUCAGACAAGAGAGAUCACAGGGAUCAUGGUUACCGUAGAGAUACAGGAGAGCACAGGAAUCCCAGGGACCAACAGCGAGAGUGGAAGGAUGAGAGAGGUCACCGGGGCCAACACAACGAUGAGCACAAAAGCCACAAGGCUGCGCAGGAAAACAUCUCCUUACAAGCGGAGAUGAGAAAAGAGAGGAUGCUCAUAACGGUGUCCCGGGGGCAGACUCCUCCUCCCACCAUCCGGGUCAAGGAGGAGGUCGACAAGGAGAAAGCUAACGGAGGCAAAGUCAAAGUGGAAGACAAAGACGGUAAAGGCAGAGAAAAAGAAAAAGGUGUAAAAGAUGAAAGCAGCGACAGUGACACUGACAAAGUGAAAAAAAGAAAAAGAAAAUCGCCUAAGAACGUAUCUGAUAGCAGUGAUAGCAGUGACAGUGACAAGGGGAAAAAGACAAAGACACCUAAAAAGAAAAAGAAGAAGGACAAAAAGAAGAAGAAGGAUAAGCGAAAUAAGUCCUAAUCCAUGUGUUAUGCUGGUCCGACUCCAUAUUCAUGAAGCCUUUUGCUUCCGAGUGGGAUCCUUGGAACCACUUUUGUUAGUUUCUUAUUUCUGCCCUUUUAGUUUUGUUCUUGUUGGAUUGAUCAGAAUACUGAGGAAGGUUUAAAGGAGCUAUUCAUUGCUGGGUUUAAUGGAAUAAUAUGACAUGUCAGGAUGUGCGUUUGUUGCAGUUAUCAGUGGUCAAAUAAAACUAUUUAUAUCAGGUUUAUUUUUGUGCAUCAAGUGCAGAUAUGGUUAUUCACUUAAGAUUGGAAGCAGGUGAAGGUUAGAAAUAGAAACAUCUUCCUCUCCUGGUUGAGCUGCUUCCAAUGUUUAUGCCAAAUACUGAUCUCUACCUGACGCACAGAAAUGGAACUGAUAGACAUGUUUUGAUGUUGCUACGUCUACUAGCACAUGAAUUAUCCAAAUGAUGGCAUGUCUUUCUUUAUAAAUGGCUUACUUUAAAUUUUCCCAUGAAUGAACUCUUCAUGUGACAUGUCAGAAAUGCGCCCUUGCAUCAUGGUUUUAUCUUUUAGUUACUUAUCAAAAAAAAAAAAUGUGCCUAUUCAUCCACCUUUCCCAACACCAUUGAUUCUGAGUGCAUAUUUUCCAAGGUUAGGACCAACAGCAUUGUAGUGUUAAACAUGUGAUGUUUGUUUUUUCAAGUUCUGUUUUCUUCCACUUUGUUCAGAUUUUUUUAUCUGAAACCCAAGAUGACUCCCAUGUCUCUCACCUGUAUAGUAUUUUAGAAGAAAGGCAAGUACAGAAAUAUGUUUUCAAUUGAAUAAAAAAGUCAAAAAUG